AUGUAUAGUAGUCAAAACAGAGCUUCGAAUUUGUAUCCUAUACCGCAUCAAAAUGGAUAUUCUAUUCAAGGUCAACAGCAGAGCCUCGAGGCGAGUUCUUGGCAGCGACCACAUGAAAUGGUAGAAGCUAAGAGCACGAGCCCAGUCGGAGGAAAGCCAAUGCUUAUGGCAAAUAACAAUGUGUUUUCAAUUGGGCCUUACAAGAAACGGAAAGAUGCCAGUCGAAUUUCCGUAGUAGAAAAAUAUGAGAUCAUUGGAUACAUUGCAGCGGGCACAUACGGUAAAGUCUACAAAGCACGACGAAUUGAAAACGGUGAGGAAAGAGUUUCGGGGUUAGAUACUGGAGGAGCCAGUUUAACAUCGUCAGUGGAAUCGACGAAAGAUUUGGGGCUUGCCAUGGAUGCUAAAUUUAUAAAUCAGUCAACCAGAGUACAUGAAGCUGGUACCGGCGAUUUUCAACAACUUGGGUCAAAACAGGAUGCUAGUGAUCUUUUGAAUAACGCAACGAAAGAGUCUAAUCGAAAUGGCACUUCAAACAGCGCUGAUUCCAGCAAGGCUUCCCCUUUCUACGCCAUUAAGAAAUUUAAGACUGAAAGAGAAGGAACAGAACAAUUACAUUACACAGGUAUUUCGCAAAGUGCAUGCAGAGAAAUGUCGCUUUGUCGCGAGCUCAAAAAUAAACACUUAACUCAUUUGGUGGAGAUUUUUCUCGAGCGGAAAAGCAUCUAUAUGGUGUCAGAAUUUGCCGAACAUGAUUUACUCCAAAUAAUUCAUUUCCACUCGCAUCCAGAAAAAAGACUGAUACCUCCCAAAAUGCUGAAAUCAAUCAUUUGGCAAAUCUUGGAUGGGGUCUCAUAUCUACAUCAAAAUUGGAUUCUGCACAGGGAUUUGAAACCUGCCAAUAUAAUGGUGACCGUUGAUGGGUGUGUAAAGAUAGGAGACUUGGGAUUGGCAAGAAAGUUCAACAAUAUCGUUCAAACACUCUAUACUGGUGAUAAAGUGGUAGUGACAAUAUGGUAUAGGGCGCCUGAGCUUUUACUCGGAGCUCGACAUUAUACUCCUGCCAUCGAUCUUUGGGCCGUGGGAUGCAUUUUUGCGGAGCUGAUAGGACUGAGGCCCAUCUUCAAGGGAGAGGAGGCUAAGAUGGAUUCCAAGAAAAGUGUGCCUUUCCAGGCUAAUCAAUUGCAAAGAAUUCUUGAAAUCCUUGGAACGCCGACUGAGAAAACAUGGUCACAUAUCCACAAAUAUCCUGAAUUUGAGCAAUUGGCCAGGUUUCCGAAAUACCGCGACAACCUGCCAGUCUGGUAUCAUUCCGCUGGCGGACGGGACAAAAACGCCCUUCAUCUUUUAUAUCAGCUGCUCUGUUAUGACCCCAUAUCGAGACUGGAUGCAAUCAACGCCCUUGACCAUCCAUAUUUUGCUUCCGAAGAGACGUCUUUGUGUGAGAAUGUGUUCGAAGGAUUAAAUUAUAAGUAUCCUCCUCGUAGGAUACACACGGGCGAUAAUGAUAUUGUGAAUGUGGCAGGUCCAAAAACGAAAAAUGCAUCCACCCAUCAACAGCAACCUACUGCUCCAAACAAUGCUAGUGCAGCUGCUCUAGGAGGCCUUGGCGUAAAUAGACGGAUUUUGGCCGCAGCAGCAGCAGCCGCGGCUGCAGUUUCAGGAAAUAACAAUGUAUCGCAGCCAGGUGUCUCAGCAUCCUUAAGUGGCCCUGCUAAAAAGAAGCGGAAGUGA